UUGCUGAAAAGUUUCAAAAUAUAUUUAAUAUUUUUAUUUCUAAUCUGAAAGUUUUGUGCUUUUUAUUUGCACAAAUAGAAAAAAAGGACUUGGUUAAUUGUGGUGCUCCUUUGGGGACUACAAUAUCCUUUUCUAUUUUUUAAAAUUACCAAUACAAGCACUAUCAGAUCUUUGGCAUCUUGAUAGAAAGAUGAUUAUUAAGAAUUUUCUUGAUUAGUUGACUGUAUAUAAGCAUGAAAAGCAAAUGAUGAAAAGUAUGAUGAUGUCAAACUUCAAUAACGAUUCUUCCCAAAGAGAUUCUCGGAAAAGAUGGACUCCUAAGCCAAAACGAGGUAGCCAAAGACUACAAGAUGAAUCAACAAGACUUGUAUUGAAGAAACAAAGACCAAGGAAAGUUACUCGGAGGAAAAGUACGAUUUCUAGAUCAAAUGUAUUGAAGUUCAUUGUAUCAUGUCUAGAAAUGGAACUGUAUUCGCAUAUGCUAUACUGGGCUGACAGAGAAAAGAAUGAGUUUAUAGUAAAAUUUGUGCACAUGCAUAAUCCUAUUUCGAAAACUGCUGAUUAUUUGGGAUUGUUUAAAGGAUUAGAUGAAUUAUCAAGUAAUUAUGAAAAGUACUUGCUAGAUGAGAAGUAUGAGCACAAGUGUAAAGUACGAUGCAAAUCAAAUUUAAGAAAACUGGAUGAAAGUGGAGCUAUAACCUACAUGGGAAGAACAAAACAAUGGAAAUCUAUACAAUUAAGGAAAUACAAGCUGAAUGUUGAUGUUAUGUCAAGUGUGAAGAAUGUUUCAAAAGAUGCAAAAAUAACAAAAGGAAGCAAUGAUAAGGGAUUAAGUCACUGCGAGACAGUUACGCACAAUAACAGGCAAAUACAAUAUUAUAAAGGCAAAUUUAAAACUGAAACUCAACCAAAUGAACAGUCUCACUACCUAUGUCUUUCAAAUACUAAUUCAGCAAGUUCAACUGCCUCUACAUUAUUUAAUACUAGCUGUAGUACAGAAAAUAGGAAUGGAGAUACUAGAAAUGUGCUGUUAAAAAUACAGCCUUUGACUGUGUAUAAGCAUGAAAAGCAAAUGGAUGGAAUUAAUAUGGUGCUUCAGUGCUUUACUAAACAAAACCUUGCUGUUAGUUCUGCAAAUUGUUUUCCUAUUGAAGAUAAUAAUAAAUGGAAAUCGAUGGAAUAUAAUGAAUUUUUUCAGAUAAAGCCAGAGAAUAUGGAAGUUGAACAAAUUAAAACUGAAACUUACAGUGAUGAAACUAAGACUGAAACUCAAAUGGUACCUUGCUCUCCUUUGAGUUGUAUGGAUUUUAAUGAUCUAUUUGAAGGGAACGAGGUUGAUGAAUUUGAUGUUGAAAAGACAUUGCAACAAAAUGAUCCUUAUUUAUCUAGUACAAUGUCUGAUAGUUGGCUUGAAGGCAAUGAAGAAAAUUCCUAUUUAGAUUUUAAGGAUUUUUAUACAUUCGAAUAUUUAUUGUCAAGUGAUGAUGGUUAGUGAGGCUGCUGCUUAUAUAGAAUUGCCACAUAUACUGGCCUAUCAGAUUCAUGGAGCAAUGUAUCUCAUCCAUUUUGAUACUAUGUCUACAGUGGUGGUGUUUUAAUGAUUAAAUCUGUUUAUUAAUUAGUGUUAAUUUUUUAUAUUAAGAUAAUUUCAAUUAUAUCAGUUGCUUUUUUUUGGUUUCCCUUGAUUAAUUUUAGAUACAUAAAGGAUGCCAGAAUUUUUUUUUUUUUUUUUUUUUUUUUUGAUAAAAUGAUGAUGAAUUUCGUGGAUUAACCUUGCUGAGCCUUUCAGUAUUUUUUUUGUAUUAAUUUUUUUAAAUAUCUUUUUACUUAUAUAAAGUGUUAUCCCCCCCUUUUUUUUUUUUAAAUUUAUGUCCUCAUUGUCUUGGUGAAUCCAAUUUUAUAUGCAAUAUAUAAAUGUCUUUAAAUGUUACAUAUGUUUAAUUUUACGCUUGUUAUAUGCUAUGUAUGAAAUAUAUAAUCCAGAUUUUAUUAUAUGAAUAUAUUGUGAUUUAUU